AUGCCGGACCUCAAGUACGACUCGGAUGGAGAAGGUUCCUUCACCAAAGAAGGAUACGAAAAGCUCCGACGCAUCAUCCAGAAACAGGAAUCCGAGACCAAGGAGAUGCAGGCUUUCGUUAAUGAAAGCAAGCAAGUCGUGGAAAACCUCGACGCGCAGCUUCAGAACGCUGCUGCAGCCUUCAAAAAACUGGAAAAAGAUAUCAAGGGAGACGCUAAUCUCAAGAAAGUUCAAGAACUCCAGGAAGAACUCAACACCCUCCAGGCUGCCGCCAACAUUGUCACCACCCCUAUUGGAGGACGACAGAAGCUCAAGCUCAGCGCCCUAAUCACCUAUAAUAGUACCCCCGGACACCUCAAGUCUUACCUGAUCCAGAUCAGGACCUACCACAACUUCCACCAUAACGAUUUCGCCAAUCAAACGGAAAAAGUCAUCCACGCAGCCACUUAUCUUCGUGGACGAGCCCUUAAGUGGUUUGAACCCAUCCAGGAAGAAUUCCUCAAGUGCGAAACCCUGGACGAAUGCUCUACGGAAACGCGCGACAUCUACAGCAGCUUUCAAGGAUUCGAGGACGCCCUGCGAUCCCUCUUCCAGGACCCGGACGAGAAACGCCAAACUGAACGCAACCUCGCACAGCUGCAACAGACUAAGUCGGCUAAGGAAUAUGCCGCCACCUUCAGACAACUUAGUGUUCAACUAGACCUCACCGAGGAAACCAAGAUCUUCAUGUUCUACUAA